GCCAUUUGCCAUUCGCUAAGAAAUAUGAUUUCUCAACAACUUCCAAAUUCGCAUUAUUUUAUGUCAGAAUACUAAAUUCAGAUGGACUAACUAAUUAAACGCAGUUCAGAAACACUGAUAUUCAAGAAAUCUCAGGCUAUCCUGGUCAUGGCAAAGAAUGCGCCGAGUCGUUGUCACAGGGCUCGGCGCCAUUACACCCCUCGGCGUUGGUAUCCGACAUACAUGGAAUAGGCUCAUCGCAGGACACUCCGGGAUCGUAAGCGUCGCGAACUUCGAGCCACAGAAACGAUGGCGCGACCUUACCAGUACCGUGGCCGGUAUUGUUCCAAAGUCAAGUACUGGUGAAAACCAGUGGCGACCCGAUGACUGGUUAACCGCUUCAGACCAACGGCGCAUGUCUACAUUCACUCAAUAUGCAAUAGCCGCUACGGAAAUGGCCCUUGAGGAUGCUGCGUGGAAGCCACAAAAGCAAAAGGACCUAGAAUCAACUGGGGUCUGUCUAGGAAGCGGCAUCGGUAAUUUGGAUGAUAUGUACAACACCAGCAUUGCAUACGAGCAGGGUGGCUACAAGAAAGUAUCACCACUGUUCGUGCCAAAGAUUCUCAUCAAUCUGGCAGCGGGACAUGUAGCUAUGAAAUAUGGGUUUCAAGGACCUAACCAUGCUGCAACUACGGCUUGUACUACAGGCGCCCAUUCUCUAGGGGACGCCUCGCGCUUUAUUGCAUUUGGAGACGCCGACAUUAUGGUGGCGGGAGGGGCAGAGUCAUGCAUCCACCCUCUCACCUUUGCGGGAUUCGGAAGAUCUCGUUCACUAUCUACCGCUUUUAAUCACGAUCCGCCAUCAAGCUGUCGACCGUUCGACCGGCAACGAAAUGGAUUUGUCGUCGCGGAAGGUGCAGCAGUUGUCGUUCUAGAGGAAUUCGAACACGCCAAGGCCAGAGGCGCUCGUAUAUACGCCGAAUUAAAGGGGUAUGGAUGUAGUGGUGAUGCUCAUCAUAUGACGGCUCCCCGCGAAGAUGGGUCGGGGGCAUUUCUUUCUAUGAAGAAAGCCCUAGAGCAUGCAAAGAUUAAACCCCACCAAGUCGAUUAUAUCAAUGCGCACGCCACUAGUACGCCUGUAGGAGACGUGGCGGAAGCCCUUGCUAUUCAUUCGUUAAUGAUGGGCGAGGAAGGACAUUCUAACGAAACCCGAAUUGCAGUGAGCAGCACUAAAGGCUCUCUCGGACAUCUACUUGGAGCAUCUGGGGCUAUUGAAGCUAUAUUUGCAAUUUUGGCUAUCACUGAGAAUACGCUUCCUCCGACACUGAAUUUAGUCGAUCCCGAUGUGGGACCCAAGUUCAAUUAUGUUCCUCUUGAAGCUCAGCAAAAGGAAGUCAACGUCGCCGUAUCGAACAGUUUCGGCUUUGGGGGCACCAAUGCGACAUUGGUAUUCUCUCGAUUCGGUUAAUUUUCACAGACUUUAUUGUAAGAUACAACCAUAAUUGCAUAUAGAAGCAUAUAUACUAUAAAAUGACGAACUCAUGAUCUAUGUUCAAUUUCACGUCUAUAAGUCAAGUUGAUAUCCA